ACCAACUGCCCUGCAACUGCUUCCAUAACCUGCAGAUCCACCAGGGUGUCGGGGGCCCACAUGCUGCAAAGCUUAGGAAGAUGGGGUUUUCAAUGGACAUGCAGCUUUUAAAGUUGUGUGAGAUAGGUUGCAUUCAGAGUAAGGAAGGGUUGAAAGGCAGGAAGGGCAUUUUCCUCUUAGCAGUGGAAGGAUCUUCCUGACAGCCCUCCUUGCUUGCUUUCUGCCUGGCUCACUGCUUUCUCAGCAAGUUCCGGGAGGACUAUGUCCUGGGGUUCCGAAAAGGGCUGGGGAAUGUCAAGGCACGGAUAAGGCACACAAGCUCUCUGGAGGAAAAGGGAGGCUCCUCUGCACUUCCCCUUCCUGCAGGUCCGUCCUGGUUUUUCAUGAUGUCAUCCAUUAAUCAUUGUGAGCUGACUGGUGGUCCCAGGGCUUGGCCAGCUGCCCAAGGCCAGGAGGGGAGACAGAGAUCCCAGGACAAAUGUGCAGCAGGCCCCUGAGCAUGUGUAGAAAUGUUGUCAUCAUUUCCACAUAGAAAGACUUGGAGGAAAUCAAAGAAGACAGUAAAAGUCACAAGAUCCUAUCCAACCUUCCCUUCCCUGAAUGCCUGGGAAGAAUUCAGGGGCCUCUUGCCUGUGGAUGGACAGCCGAACCCUGGAGUGGGCCUAGGUGUGGAGGAGGGACUGCUCUGCCAGGUGGUUCAUUCUCCAGAAUUCAACCUGUUUCCUGACUCCGUGGUGUUUGAAAGCAACUUCAUCCAGGUACUCCUGGGUGGCGCAGAAUAGCACUCUUUGAUUCUUCUAAACCUGUUCCCAAGAUAUGACUGAGAGAGUCCAUCCCUGAAACCGGGGCAGAGUGAGAAUUGAGGCAAGGAGAAGCUAGUGGACCUGGAAUGCAAGGCCACCCUCAUUGUCCUGGGCUUUGCUGAGCCCCAGACGGGGCUUCUCCUACAGACAGCUGUCACCCAGGGAGAAAGGUCAGGGGUCCUCUGCUCUGAGUGGAGAAUUUGGUAUUCUAAUCCCCCAGUUUACUUCAGCCCCCAGGCUGUCACCUGAAGUAGAUGAACAAAGAGGCAGUAAAAAGAGACGCUUCUUGAGAACAAUAAUGCGGAUUGGCGAAAGAACAGCACCUGGGGUCCCAGAGACAGCUGGGCUCAGAUUCCAGUCCUCUGCCUUCUCCUUGGGAGGUGACUGUGCAAGUAACCUGUGCAGCCUGAAUCUGGCCCCUUGAUUGUAAAAGGGUUGAACUGACCUGAGGAUGAAAUGCAAAUACAGCAAGAAAAGUACCUUGUCUAACAGGCACUCGGUGCACGUUCGUCUCCUUGCCUGGGCUCUCCUCUGGUUGGAUGGAAGCGAGAAUGAACAGCACUCUGGAGUUAGAGAGGACCUUCCUGUUCAGUGAAGGUCAAAAGGGGCAGGAAUUGGAGAGACGUCUACAAAGCUUCCAACACCAUGGCCCUGGGGGUGACCUCCUCAGUACCCUGCCUGCCCCUCCCCAACAUCCUACUCAUGGCCAGUGUCAAAUGGCACCAGGGGCAGAACCAGACAUGGAACAGACCAUCCGUAGCCCCCAACAUCUUCCUGAAGAGCCUUAGUCCUAAAGGAGACCUGCCUCAUUUUAACGAAGACAGGGUCAGAUCGGAUGCAAUAGGGUUGUCAGUGUGUGUCUUCCCUGGUGGCUUCAGGAUUCUCCCAUUGAAGUUUGUGGAGCUCCAGGUAUGUGACCACUAUCAACGCAUCCUGCAGUUGAGGACAGUCACUGAGAAGAUUUAUUACCUAAAGCUCCACCCUGACCAUCCUGAGACUGUCUUCCACUUCUGGAUCCGACUGGUUCAAAUUCUGCAAAAGGGGCUGUCCAUCACCACCAAAGACCCUAGGAUUCUUGUCACGCACUGCCUGGUACCCAAGAACUGCAGCAGCCCCUCAGGAGAUUCGAAGUUAGUACAGAAGAAAUUCCAAGCCUCCCAGCCCAGCGAGAGUCUCAUUCAGCUAAUGACCAAGGGGGAGAGUGAAGCCCUGUCUCAGAUUUUUGCCGACUUACACCAGCAGAACCAGUUGAGGAGCAGCAGAAAGGUGGAGACCAACAAGAACAGCUCAGGGAAAGAUUCUUCCCGUGAAGACAGCAUCCCUUGCACCUGUGACCUACGUUGGAGGGCUUCAUUCACGUACGGAGAGUGGGAAAGAGAGAACCCCUCCGGCCUGCAGCCCCUCUCACUACUCAGCACUCUGGCAGCCUCCACCGGGCCACAGCUGGCCCCACCCAUAGGAAAUUCUAUUUGAGCCACCCUUCCGCACUGGGGAGAAUCUAUGCAAGCCUCAUCAACACCACUUUACAGCAUUCAGCUGCUGAGGGAUUAUUGGGAUGGAGAGGAGGAGAAAACUGCAACCAGGGAAAAAUAGAGUCAUCUCACGGUGACAGCAGAGCCUUUCCAGCUGUACAUAACCACGUCCUCGCCACUGCACCUCGGCAUAUGCCACCUCCAUGCCACUGCCAGAGCUGGCCUAGCAAGAUGUGCUCUCAGAAUGGCCGGGCCCAAGAGAUGAAGGAAAGGAGUGAAAGGGAAGUAGGACCAGAGAAGUGGAAGGAAGCAAAAUGGAGGUGAUGAGAAAGGUGGUGGGAGAAAGUCAGCAGAUGAGAGACACAAAGAGAAGUGGUAAUAGGAAACGGAAGAGACUUGGUAGACGAGAUAAGGAGGACAAGAGAAGGGACACACCCCUGAGAGAUGCUCACCAAGCUUCUAUUUAUCUAAUUUAAAACUUGAAAGUAAAGCCAUAAACAAAAAAAAGAAAUAUGUUUUCUUCCCUGCUGAGACCAUUCUGGACAAAUGUGAACUGCCAGACACCUUCCAUUUCCCUUUCUGUCUGUUUUUCUUGCUAGUUCCUGUCUUCUGAUUAAAGCUUCAUUCCUUCUUU